AUGAUGAUCCUUAACAGUAUAGGUAUCAGUAAGCGGAUCGGUAUACAGGCUAUAAGAGCAUGCAGAUUCAAUUCUAAAUCUUCAGUUGGAAAAGAGCUUAACUGGGUGGAGUUUUUGAAAUUGAAGAAAGAGAACAGAAGAAUUAACAUUGUGGCAUCAUCUAUCACUGGACUUGGAGGUGCGCUCUUAACAUUGACGUAUUUGGGAAAUGUUGAGAUUGAAGCAGAUCAGAAAAUAAUGGGAUUCGAUGCUAUUAUGGUAUUCGGAGUGCUUGUUGUUGUGGGUGGUGGUCUUGGAUAUCAAUUUGGACCCUCGCUUGGUAACCCCAUAUUUAAUUUGAGACACAAGGCAAUUUUAAAGCUGUUUAAAGCAAAAGACCUGAAAUUUCUCCAAAAGAUUCAAGCUAAGAGAGUUGAUCCAUCAUCGCAGUCAUUUUCAAAUCCCGUUCCUGAUUAUUAUGGCGAAAGAAUAUAUUCUUUAAAAGAUUACAAGCAAUGGUUACGUGACUGUAAUGCGUUCAGAAGAAAAGCAAAGGAAUUUCUUUGA